AUGGAUCGAAUCCUGUCAACCAAGUUUUCUAACUCAAAGUAUUCCGCUAUUCAAACCGACCAGGAGCUUCGACCCAAGUGGUCACAGAGGUCAAAUUUAGAUAAUAACGAUAUACGACCACAAUACGAUGAGCGUCAGGGACCUUAUGAAGAUCCGAACCGAGACGGAGGAGACCAAAUUGCUUCCUGGAAGACAGGAUUUUGGACUAACUUGCCAGUCCUGGCAAUCGCUUCACUGAUCGGGGUUUUCGCUUGCACUGCACUUGCUGUUGGGGUCCUGGCAUCUAGCAACGGCCGUGCGGUUCAGACCUGGCGAUUUUUCACUCCAUCUGUCUGCCUCGCCGUAUUGUCGGUUGUUUCUAAUGCAUUGCUGGCAGUCGCCUUGGCAGAAGGACUGGUCAUUUCGUUCUGGCGGAAAGCUCUGCAUAGCUGCACAGGCUUCGGCUUCAAAGUGGAUUGUGAAUUAGAGAGCAACUCUAUCAUACAAAACGUAACGUUAGCUUCUUGGCACAAUCUUUUCAAUACCUCGGUCACGCUCUACCCGAUUCCCCUUAACCCGUACAACGACAAUACGUUCUUCGCCGGCUUGCAGCUAGACGCAACAUUCUAUGAGGGAUUCAAAGUCGAGAAUUCUUUAAGCGGCCAGCAUAUGCCUUACUUGCUUACAUCUUAUAUCUGCAAACUACAGGGUGGAAUCGUAGCAAACCUCACAGCACCGGCCACCAGGGGUUGGAACAGUGUGAUCGGCGGCUUUCAAUACGCCGGUGAUUAUCUCUUUAGCUCCCAGGCAACAUUUGAGUACAAAGGGGCUAUCAGCGCAACAAGACUUGCAGGCUCCCUUGUAAACCAGAUGGUUGCAAAUACGAGCGACAGUUGGUUCAUUACAUUCCACGACCCCAUGGAUACAAUGCUUGAUGCGAUGCGCGAAAUUGCAUUCAGGGCAGCACUGCAGGCUGGAAAGAACAAUGUGACGGUGACGAACGCACAACAAAGCGUGCCCUUUACAGGUCACGACACCCAUACCAUUUAUACAAUGGACACGAAAUACAUGGUUCUUGGCGCUCUUGUUAGCUUAAUGGGCGUCGUCAGUGUAGGAGCGACUUUCUACGGCUGGUGGCAGCUGGGUCGAAAGGUCUCGAUGAGUCCGCUAGAAAUCGCAAAGGCCUUUGACGCGCCGCUUUUGAGAGAGAUGGGAAGCAAUGUCUCGAACGAGAGGAUUCCCAUAUAUAUCAAAAGCCAGAGAGUCCAGUACGGAGUUGGUACAGUUCGCAAGAGAGGGGACACCACGUUCAAGAAGGUGCAGGAGAUCGAGCACCUCAUUUUAGGUCCGGUAGAUAGUGUUCGGUCGCCCGUGGCCGGUGUAGCAUACACAUGA